AGAACGCGAAAGAACAGGAUUUAGUUAAAUGGAAAUACUGAUUGUUUAGACCUAUGGUACCACACCAUGAUCUUAGGCAGAGAAUCCAGAGCAAACCUGCCAACUCUCCCGUUUUUCACACAUACUCCUGCCACCCUCUUAUUUUGUUAUUUCUCCCGAGAAACUCCCGUGUCCCGACGAACAGGAACCCGAACGCGUUGCACUGCCCAUUUGCCCUCACAGGCUGGUGCCCUUUGGUAGGCGAAAAAGAAUGGUAGCCGAAGUGGAGUAGAGAGGAUUUACAUCCCCGCAAAAAACUUUCUCUUAUUACACCGCUAAAGAUGUGUCCCCAGUGCUUGCAGGUUUUCUUGGUGCGGGUGUCUUGGUGGUCUCUGUGACGGUGGCCGUUUUUCUGUGGACAUGCUGCCAGCGACGUUACCAUCAAAUGACAGGCGCGUACAAGCUAUCAAGCGGCCCCUAUGACCCACCUGUUGACCCCCCCUACAAGUUCAUUCACAUGCUUAAAGGUAUCAGCAUCUACCCCGAGACCCUCAGCAACAACAAGAAGAUCAUUCGGGUUGGCCAGCGCUCAGGUUCAGGAUCCUUACUGAAAGAAUGGGGUCUUGGAUCUAAAAACAGUGAUGUUCGGCAUGUGGAUGCAGAUCCCGAAGAUGGACUGCUGAAUGGUAUACCGCAUCUACAGAUGAACCAUUUGAUACCACCCGUGGGUCCUCUGAGGCUGGAGAGGGCAUUGCCCAUCCGGGCAGAUUACUGUUGUAUGGAGAGCAGCUCGGGAAGUAGCAGUGAAGCCCCCAGUAAAACAGCAUCACCCUACAGUCUCAACUCACCAUCUUUAGGGACGCUCAGUCUGGCUAUUGACUACAACUUCCCCAAGAAAGCUCUUGUUGUCACUAUUGUUGGAGCUCAAGGGCUCCCUGCUGUGGAUGAACAGGCAGGCAGCUCUGAACCCUAUGUGAAGAUGACCAUCCUGCCAGAGAAGAAGCACCGAGUGAAGACGCGUGUACUGAGGAAGACUCUGGAGCCAGCUUUCGAUGAGACUUUCACCUUCUAUGGAAUUCCAUAUAGUGUGCUGCCCGAGCUCACGCUGCACUUCCUGGUGCUCAGCUUCGAUCGGUUUGCACGGGAUGAUGUCAUCGGGGAGGCGGUUGUGCCGUUGGCAGGCGUGGAUCCCAGCACAGGCAGAGCACACAUCACCCAGCAGAUCAGCAAGAGAAACACACAGUGUGAAAGUCGCGGGGAAUUGCUGGUGUCUCUGUCAUACCAGCCUGUUACUCACAGACUUAACGUGGUGGUGCUGAAGGCCAAACAUCUGCCAACCAUGGACAUCACUGACCUACCAGGCAACCCAUAUGUUAAAGUGAACGUUUUCUACGGCCGCAAGCGCAUAGCCAAGAAGAAGACACAUGUGAAGAAAUGCACACUCAAUCCCGUUUUCAAUGAAUCAUUUAUCUACGAUGUCCCUGCUGAGUUAAUGCCGGACAUCUCUGUGGAGUUUCUGGUCAUUGAUUUUGACCGCACUACAAAGAAUGAGGUUGUUGGUCGCCUGGUUUUGGGUGGUCAGAGUCCUGUUCCAUCAGGGGUCACUCACUGGAGGGAAGUUUGCGACAACCCACGACGACAGAUUGCCAAGUGGCAUAACCUUACAGAGUACUAGCAAUUGGCUAACAAAAAGGGAAAACAUAUUAUUCCACUCCCUUCAUGUUGCCUGCUCUAUAAUAAGAAAACCAAUUAACAACCCUCCCCCCCCACAUAUACAGGUGUAUGUGCGGGUGAGUAUAUCAAUAGUGAAAAAGACCAUAGGCUCUACGGAACCACGUAGAAGGUUCUCUAAUGAACAAAUAGCAAAAAUGUCAAACUGAUCAUUAAAAACAAAAAACAGACAUUAACCACAUUGGUCUUUUGUUGGUCUGAUUCAUUAGUUUGUGUCAUACUGUAUGAUAAUUAUACCCAUAUGAAAGCAUAUACCACAGUAUCCUCAUAGUCCUUUCACCAGUAUCCCGCCAUAUUGAGAAUAUACAUAGAGUACCUUCAAUUUGCUGCAUGCUUAGAAUUAGAUUGGACAAGCUUUAAUUUUUAGAAUGUUUUGAUAAAUGGGAAAAUAUAUAAUCUAGACAUCAUCAAGGGGUUUCUUUGAAUGUUUAUCACAGAACACGAGGUUGCAAUAUUGAUUUUCAUAUUUUGGAAGAUGUAAACAACAUUAUAUGUGAAAAUAGAAAAAAACUGAAACAAGAAGUUUUGUUUAUGUCUUGCAAAAUGGUUUGUUUUAUUUCUAUUGUUAGUUAUUUGAAUGAAUUUGGAACUAAAAAUGAUCUGAAAAUGUGAAAUAUUUGAGGUAAAUUUAAACUCUAAAUGUAAGUUAUACCAUUGGUGGUUAAUGGCAAACCUUUUAGAAAAUUAAAAAUAGCUGCCAUCAGCUCUGGACUUAAAAUUGGAUUUGUACAGAACUAUGUUCUAUUUAGUUAAGCUGGUCUCUUGCUAAUUUGAAUUUCUAGCUACUUCAUUUAUUUGUAGCUGUAUUUCUUGGUUAUCUUUUAGUGUACAGUUGAUGUCUUGGACAAAGCACUUCCGUAACAUGUUUUUUAACAUCUUAUUUCAACAUAAUAUCAUAAAGACCUGUACAACCAUUUGCUAAAUGAAAUCAAACUGUAUUACUUUAAUUUGCAAUAUCUAUGCACAUUUCUACUUUACUGCAAAGAAAAUUACCCAGUUGCUGUGUUACCAUAGCACUGAGAUCAGGGAAGGGUUGGUUGAAAAAACAAUCAGGUUUAGUUGGAGAGAAACAACUGCAGUCAAAGCCAAAUGUGACAGAUAUUAUUAGUACUGUCUGCAAAUUUGUUCAUAAUAGGUGUACAGUACCUAACCUAACGCCAUUGUUUCUAUUGUCACUGAAUGUCUGGUUUUUAAGGUUGAACAACGCAUUCUUAAUAAUGUAUAAUAAUAAAACAUUGGUUAUUCUCCCAUUUUCAUUCUGAAAUUGAAUAGCACCAAAAAAUAUCAUCUUUUGACAUACAAAUGAUGCCAUCAGUAUAAAAGCAAUGAAAUUGUAGUCAGAUGUUCAACCUCCUCAAUAGAUGUUCACUUCCUUCAAUAUCUUGUUUGGCAUAAAGCCAAUUGAUUGAUUUAUUUAGAUUCUAAUUAAUAUUAAAUUAUAUUGCUAAGAAGUAAGCAGUUACAGACCCAUAUUACAAUAUUUGCACUUUCAUAGAGUAUUGUAUUUAUUUUUAUGAUUUGUGUUCAACAAAAUGAAUAUAUACAUAUAUAUAUAAAUAGAUAGAUAAAAAACAACUGACCAUAACAAAGUUAGGAUUUUGGUAAUCAUCAGUUAGUUGCAGGUAUCAAAAUGACCAAAGUGGAGAAACAAACCAAUGGAUAAUUUUUGGUGUACAUUACCUGUAAUUGACAGACCCAGGGAGGAUGUUUACAGGCAUGCAAUGUGUGUGGAUGUGUUUUCAAGUUCAAAGAGUCAUUCACUGCCGCAGUCUUCUAAGGAAGAUUCACAUAUUCUAUUCCCAGUGUGAAUGAGCACAAAUAAAGUUAAUAAGGCAGAAAGUAUAGAGGGUGAGGGGAGAAAAAUUGUACUGACAGGCAAUGAAAUGUAACAAUUACAACUGAAAAUAAUAUCUCAGUAAACUUUGUGAGUCAUUAAGACCCUGUGAUGAGAUCAGUUAUUGUUUAUUAGAAAAACAACAUCAAGAUAGCCACCCAAGUCCAGGCUUGCAAAUAAGACCAGAACUCUUCCACUUUUGAAAUAAUGUUUGAAACCCUGCAUGCAUUGUAUCACAUUUCUGCUUCAAAACUUGUGUAUAUAUUACAGUUUUAGUGGUUUAUAUGACAGUAAAAACUCUUUUUGUAAAAAACAGAUUACAGUGCAACCUACAUAAAAAUGCCUGUUUUCUUUUAUUUAAGCCCUUAUCUUCUGAUGUUAUAUUGACCUUCUGUGGAUCUUCUGGGCAUAAAAACACUUGUUUUUUAAAUAAAUAAAUAACUAACAUAAUAAUGAAAAUAAACAAAUGUAAAUGAGUGUUUGUUCCAAUGCACAGGUCGGCAGUGGCUCUCUGCUUCUCUCGGAUCUAACUAUUUUAUCUGGAAUGGAAAUACAUUCAUUUUGAGUAAACCUUCUCUUUCGGAGAGCUAGUGUAUUUGCCCUUCUUUUUCUCUCUGCCACUGGUCCAACAAUCCUUCAGUUUUUGCUGUUGUGUGUUGUAUAAAUAAAUUGAAAGGCAAACAAAGAAAAAAAUGCCUUUAAUAAAUAUAAUACAUUUGGAUCCUGCGAUGUUAAGGUGGAGUAAACAUAGUGAUUAAGCUUUAUUUUAGGUGUCCCUAAACCCACUAAACCUAGAAGAUAAACAAUACUAGUUGACCAAAACGGUAGUGUGAUUUUAUGCCGUUACCUGGCUUUUCAACAUUUGUAUAUACAACUAAGUUAUUUAUGUAUAGUGUAAGCACAGUAUUAUAACAUCUUUACAUGGCUUGCUUAUUACUGCUUAUUUCACUACGUGAUUCAGGGACAUCUAAUAUAAAGUGUGACCUGUAAUGCUUUUGAGGGCAAGUUAUCAGCAUACAGCUACUGAGCUUAUGCUAACUAUAGUAUGUUACACUAAUGCUGACUUGUACUGUUGAAUUUGUUUACAUGGACGUGCAAAUUAAAUAUAAUUAAUACACUAGA